UCAUCGGCAUAUGAAAUAGAUUUCGAGUGCGGGAAACAUAUUAGACCGUGAAAUAGCUACCGAUCAAACAUUCUUAGAGUUUAAAUAUGGUCCAAUGAAAACCGUUAUCUCCAGUUAAAGGAAUGAAUGAUCCAGGAAAAACGAAAAUCAAGGCUAUAUUCGUUGGUGAUAGCGAGUGUGGAAAAACAGCUCUUUUGAGCGUCUUUGUGAAGAACGUCUUCCCUGAGGUCUACGAAGCUACUGUUUUCAACAGCUUGUCCUCUGAAGUAGAGGUCGAGGAAGAGAGAAUUGAACUUUCAUUGUGGGAUACGUCAGGUCAGCCUGAGUUUGACCAUGUUCGACCACUCUCUUACAAGGGCAGUGAUGUAGUUAUGAUAUGCUUUGAUAUCAGCAGGCCAGAAACCUUGGAAAGUGUUUCUACAAAGUGGACCACAGAAGCAAAGGAGAUGUGUGUUGACAAGCCUAUAGUUCUUGUAGGCUGUAAAACUGAUUUACGGAGUGACAUUUGUGUUGUCUCAGAACUUGCCAAGAGUAGAAGAAUACCUGUCACCUACCAACAAGGAUGUGAGAUGGCCAAACUCAUUGAUUCUGUACUUUACUUGGAAUGCUCAUCAAAAACGAAGGAUAAACACUUGAUAGAUGUCUUUGAAGUAUGCACAUUAACUGCUCUAGGCAAAACAAUACAUAAAAAGAGAUAUAAGCCCAAGAUGACACAUGAUAAAUCCUGCCAGAAGAAAUCAAGAAGAUGUAUUAUUUCAUAGCUAGAUUAUUUUGUUUUUAAUUAGAUAUUUAUCAAUUUUAAUAAUUGUAAAUGAAAUUUAUAGUAAAAGUCUGAGUUAAACGCUGAGUUAUAUA